AUGGGCAAUACGUUCACGGUUUUCGGCCGACAUGCUCUAAAAAGAGUUCGACGAUUCAAUGUUCAAAGUAGAACCGAAAAGUAUCCGGAAAGGCAUCACGAUAAGCCGGAAAGAGCUCCUCUCUACGAAGCCACCAUGAGAGAAGUGGAGAAAUUGACGAAAGAAAUGCCCGAUUUGACGGAAGAAAUGAAAAAGAAAGAUGAUACCUUGUUGAAUAAUCUGCGCAAAGUUUACGUCACCUCUGAAGGCGAUAAUAAAGAUAGUUUUUCUCAAGAAAGAGUAGAUUCGAGUAGGGAAGCUGAAUUUUUACAAGCCAAAAGAAGUACUCGACGACGCUCCACCUGGAAAAUACACCACAUAGCACGCUUUAACCAUCAUUCAGCAGUAUCAAAGAAACACCAUCGCGAAUUCGACGAAAGCUUUAGCCGCUCAAUUCAAUUUGGAACCUUCUGUUGUUGGUAUGGUAUAAGUUCUCGCCAUUCGGAAUUUUUCAACGCGGAUUAAUUUUCUAAUAUAGUCUUUAUUAUUUCUAGCCAAAAUAACCAAACACGUUGAAAUACUAGACUACUACGAUCCGAAGAAGAUGAAAGAAACCUCUCACGAGAAGAUGCUGAAAGACUUGAUACCGAUUUUUUUACAAAGGUAAAUCCGAAGCGGAUUUAUUGGUCGAACUGCAACAGGAAGCCGACAAGAGAACCAAAAACUACAGAAGAAAUUUACAUCGAAUCUGAUCAACCGAUUGACGAAUGGCCAUCGAAAGAAACCUCCGAUAAAAAAGAACAAAUUUACACCGAUUUAGAAAUAUAUCGUAAAACUGGCAAAUUACCCGACGGACCUAAACUGAUAGAAGGGCGAAAAUUGGACGAUUUGACUGUCGAAGAUAUUAAAAGAUUAACUGCAAAAAAAUCGGAUCAUGAUUCGCCAGAAACGCCUAGCAAUGAUGGAGAUACGGAGUCUGAAAAAAAAAAAAAAAAAAAAAAACAUACCCGAAGAUCAGCAAAAAGCGACUAAUUAAACGUAGACAUUUUGUUAUUAUUUAGAAUUAAAUUAUCGUUUUCAACGUUUUAUUUUCGUUACGAAACAGUAAUAUCAUCAAUCGCGUGUAACUGCGUAUUUCCGUUGGUCAUGCUGUUUGCUGUGAUUGCGGCCAUUGUCCAACCUAAAAAUAUUUGAAGCAAAACUUUCUCGGGAGGAGGGGCGGCUGCUCGCUUACACUCGUUAUUUCUGAGCAUCGAAUUUGAUACGAAUCGGAAACUCGACGAUUAACGCAGGCCACGUUCGCAUCAUCAAACAGUAAUACGCAUCGUCGUCCAACACUUUUAUUUUGUUAUUUACAAAUGAGACGAAUUACUUUAAACGGAAUGGAGACUUGGCGAGUAACGCGUCUCGAACUCGAUAGAUCGGCGCGACUGGACCGAUUGCGAUGGAUUUCGGCGGGUAACCGCGCAAAUUCGAGUUAUUGAUACGAGAGAAUGUACAUUGUACAAUGAUACACGACAGCGACGCGCUUUACGCUUUACGCUUUAUCCAGAAAAAUCAUUAUGAUCGAACAGCUGUUGUUCGUAAAGUUCGGCUUUAACAACACGUCCGGCAAAGAAUCGUCCACCCAAAGCAUCUUUCGCUUUUUCCGCUUCUGCAAAAUUACGAAAAACGGAAACGUUACACCAACGAGUAACUAACUGACGUCAUCAACACUAACAACCAACUAAUCCGUCUUACCCGACAUGGCGCUGAAUUCGACAAAAAUCUUGACAAUCACAUCGUCGUCAUCUUCUUCGGAUUGUUUUUCGUUAUAUAUUAUAACUCGUUCCACAUUACCGUACCUGAGACGACAUUUGAAAACAUUCCAUUAGUUUCGAUACGAAAAUAAUACGCAAUAGGUAGAUAUGUAAGUCGAGUACGCAGUUGUGACAAGUUUUAUCGCGUCGCAAGCGCAGAUCAAGUUUUAGAAAUAGAAUGUACGUAAGACAUUUUAAAUUAACUGACAAGCCAAGUUCAAUUCAAAACAAGCGGAUAGCGGGCGAAUGGAUACGGAUAAAGGGACCGGUCAUGAACAGACCAGUAGGCGAUAAUACCAGUAAGUAUACGGUAAUUUGUAAACGUACUUGGAACAUUCGUCUUGAAUUUCUUCUUGAAGAGACUCGUCCACGUCUUCCGGUCCGACCAUAUUACGGAGAAUGACCACUUUGCUCUGAAAAUCAAGAACAACGCGUUUAAACGACGUUUAACCAUAUGCUAGGCGACAAAAGAACACAGUUCGCCGUAAGCUACGACUACGAAUCCGAGUAUAUUACCAAGCUGCUUUCAACAGCCGAUACCGUAUCGAAUUUUCCUUACACUUACCUCUACUUUACGCAUUAAUUUCUGCAUAACCAAAUGUCUAGCACUUUGUCCCUUGAUGGACAUAUUCUCUUGUUGCUGCAAAGUCUGAGGUUCCACGUCUUCUAGUAAUUUUUUUUGCAAUUCUUCUUGUUUUUUUUGCUGUAAAAAAAAAAAGACAUACGAAUUACGAUUUAAAACAAGUGUUAUCUGGCGAGCAUUUGGAGCGUCGAAUAACGAACGCGUUUCGUGUCGCGUCGGUACUUACGUUAGCUUGUUCUUGAGCGCGUUUCAUAGCGUCGACCUGCAAACUGAGUCCGGAAGCUGCAGCGGUGGCGGCAGCGAUUCCGCCGCCAGUUGAGCUGCCGAUGGUGGCGCCAGCGUUGCUGCCGCUACCGUGUUGAGAAGCCAUGGAAAUGGCGGAAACAGCGGCGGCGGCGGGGCCGGCACCGGUGGUAGAAUUGGUGGCGGCGGCUGCUGCCGCCGCAGCGACGGCAACGGCCGUCAUAACGGGCGAUCCGAUGACCGGCGUGCUCGCUAUUAUGGGAACGGGAGCUCGAAUCUGUUGCGGAAUAGCGAUACCGGGUGGCGGAAUGGCGGCAGGCAGUCCGACAGCGGAAGACGUGACCGAAGCAGCGGAGGCCGCCGCCAGAGCCGGAGCUACGCCGGGCGCGAUCGACUGCAAGGCCGGCAACGCCGCCGGUAUUACGGUCUGCGCUCCCAACUGAGAACUCAAUUUGGUGAUGCCGAGGACGGCGGUGGUCGCGACCGCGUCCAUCGCUUGAAUUUUGGCGGUAGCGGCAGCCGCCGCUACGGCCGCCGCCGUUGGCAUGUGACUAGCCGACGUAGAAGACGAAUGCAACGCAUUCGGAGGCGUAAUGGCUCGGCCGACGCGUAAAUACUGACCUCCCAAGUCGAAUAAAUUCAUGGACGCGAUCGCCUCUUGGGCGGCUUGUUUCGUUUCGUACUCGAUAAAGCCGUAUCCUUUGUGCCGAUGCGGCGAACUACUCGGUUGCAAUCUGCACGACUUGAUCGGACCAAAUGCUUCGAAUACGCUGAAAAUAAUAACGCGCGCCAUUAAAGUCUACAAUCGUCCCACUAUACGCGUAAAAACGCCUAUCAAACAGCGCCAACGUAAACGUACCUUUUGAUAUCGUCCUCAGUGAGGUCAGGAUGAAUAGACGCCACGUAAAUACGAUUGUACUGCUUCGCUUCUUCGGUGAUUUCGUCGAUGACCGAUUGCGCUUGAGGCAUAUUACUCGGCCGGCCAACCUGCAAUACAUACGCACGAGCACGACGUCUCAAUUGAAAGCCGACAACGCGACCGAGGCACCGGCACCGGUACCGGUACCGCCCGCCGCGCCGGUGCCAAUUAGGAAAGGUGAAACGACAAUACUUACCACUUUGAUAUUCCUGCCGCCCAACAUGACGCCGUUCAUUUGUUCUAACGACAACUGCGCCGCUUCUGGAAUAUCGUACUCUACAAAUGCGAAUCCUUUAUGUUUUUGAGUAAUCGGAUCCCAAGACAUGUUGAUCGAUU